CGACUUCCGUAGUAGAUCUAAAAAAAAUCAAAUAUGUCCACUGACCACGUUAAAACCACCUUGCCGUCUAGUUAACCAAAAAACGCGCGUCAUCACCACUCGCUCUUUUUUCCUUACCUUCCUAUAAAUAACCACUUCAAAUCCCCUCGCCAAAACCCCUCUUAAUUUCUCACACACACACACACACACUCCAAAUCACACAGACGAUGGCAUCCAGCGUGAACGGACAACAACAACCGGCUGAACCGGCACCAAUUAAGCUAAAAGUGGCUCUAAUAACCGGAAUCACAGGUCAAGACGGUUCAUACCUAACCGAACUUUUAUUAAACAAAGGCUACGAAGUCCACGGUCUAAUUCGCCGUUCAUCAAACUUCAACACACAACGGAUCAACCACAUCUACAUCGACCCACACAACGCGCACAAAGCGCGUAUGAAGCUACACUACGCCGAUCUAACCGACGCAUCGUCUCUACGCCGUUGGAUCGAUACAAUCUCUCCUGAUGAGAUCUAUAACUUGGCUGCACAAUCACACGUGGCGGUUUCCUUUGAGAUUCCUGAUUAUACUGCUGACGUGGUUGCUACCGGUUCGUUAAGGUUGUUGGAAGCUUUGAGGUCUCAUAUUGCUUCUACUGGGAGGAGUCAUGUUAAGUAUUAUCAAGCGGGUUCGUCGGAAAUGUUUGGAUCUACGCCUCCGCCUCAGGCGGAGGAUACUCCGUUUCAUCCGCGGUCGCCUUACGCCGCUUCGAAAGUUGCUGCUCAUUGGUAUACAGUUAACUACCGGGAGGCAUAUGGGAUCUUUGCCUGCAAUGGCAUUCUCUUCAACCAUGAAUCACCUCGAAGAGGUGAAAACUUUGUGACAAGAAAGAUCACUAGGGCAGUUGGCAGGAUCAAGGUCGGCCUGCAGAGCAAGCUGUUUUUAGGAAAUUUGCAGGCUUCAAGAGAUUGGGGAUUUGCAGGGGAUUAUGUGGAGGCAAUGUGGUUGAUGCUACAGCAAGAGAAGCCAGACGACUAUGUAGUGGCAACUGAAGAAUCACACACAGUGGAGGAGUUUCUUGAGAAAGCAUUUGGGUAUGUUGGUUUGAACUGGAAGGAUCAUGUAGCGAUUGAUAAAAGGUACUUUAGGCCCACUGAAGUGGAUAACUUGAAAGGUGAUUCGAGCAAGGCGAGGAAAGUUCUUGGGUGGAAACCUAAAGUUGGGUUUGAGCAGUUGGUGAAGAUGAUGGUUGAUGAAGAUAUUGAGUUAGCCAAGAGAGAGAAAGUUCUUGUUGAUGCAGGAUACAUGGAUGCUCAACAACAGCCUUGAUCAGUUGAUCUUGAUCCUGAUCAUGAGCUGGUAUCGAAUCUGUUAUGGCUAUACUUAUACUAUUUAAUUGUUGGUGUUUUUCAUAUAAUUUGGUUAUAGUAAUUCUUCCUUUUUCAAUUGUAAUUCUUCCUUUUUGUGUUUAGAAGUUUCUCUAAUGUUGAGUACAAUCUUUACCUCUGGUUCAAAAUCCGAGAUUUAUGAAGUUUACAGGUAGGGGAGUUAAUUGAUGUGGAGGCUGUGGGCAUAAUCCAGUAGUGUUAUUUUGCAAAAUCUUAUACAAUGUACUAUUUCGGAAUUUUUAUAUAAUAUAUUUAUUACCAGUGUUCCCAAUA